UACCCUUGCGGAACCCGCUUGCUUUUUUCUAGGGUUCUCUCGAGCUCCUCAUCUCCGUUUCUCGCUGCUUCUCCAUCUGCCUGGCGAUUAGGGUUCACUGGCACCAUGGAUGCACAGAGAGCUCUCCUCGACGAACUUAUGGGGGCAGCUCGAAAUCUAACUGACGAGCAGAAAAAGCAGUACAAGGAAAUUCGAUGGGACGAUAAGGAGGUGUGCGGCGCGUACAUGGUUCGAUUCUGCCCUCACGAUCUGUUCGUAAACACGAAAAGCGACCUAGGAGUUUGCCCUAAAAUACAUGACCCGAAGCUCAAGGAGAGUUUUGAGAAGUCCCCUAGACACAGUACAUAUGUUGCAAGGUUUGAAGCAGAGCUAGCACAAUGGUGUGAGAAGCUGCAUGCAACACAGGUGAUGGAUUUAGAUAGGAAAGUUAGACGUGGUCGUGAGCGAUUAGAACAAGAGGUAGAGGCAACACCUGCUCCAAUCCCUACUGAAAAAUCUGAACAUCUCUCAGUGUUAGAAGAAAAGAUCAAGAAACUUCUCGAGCAAAUCGAGUCUCUUGGUGAAGCAGGGAAGAUAGAUGAAGCUGAGGCACUUAUGAGAAAAGUGGAUAUGCUUAAUGCUGAGAAGACAGCUUUUUCCCAACAAUCAGCAACUGAUAAGGUUUUGAUGCUUCCACAAGAGAAGAAAAUGGCAUUAUGUGAUAUUUGUGGCUCAAUUUUGGUAGCAAAUGAUGCGGCUGAGCGGACACAAACACAUGUUUUGGGAAAGCAGCAUAUUGGUUAUGGGAUGAUCCGGGAUUUUCUUAGUGAGUUCAAGGCUGCCAAGGAAAAAGCAAAGGAAGAAGAUAGACUAGCUAGGGAGAGAGAAGCAGAAGAGCUGAGGAAACAAAAGGAAAAUGAUCAUGGCAGUAGGGUCAGAGGGACUGAUCUGGGUGAGAGAGAAAGGUCUAGAGAACGUGAGCAUGGACGCGAUCGGUUUAGAGAUCGGGGCGCUGAGCGAGAAAGAUCAAGGGGGGAUUGGAGUGGACGAGGAAGCAGGGAUCGAGGAAGAGAAUCAGAUCGUCGGAAUGACUAUCGCAGAAACGGGAGGGAAUCCAACAGGGACAGGUUUAGAGACAGGUCUGGAGCACGAAGCAGAUCCAGAUCUCCUGCCAGGCAUAGCCAUAAAAGAUCAAGAAGUCCUGUUCUUCGAUAAUAGCCAUUAGUAUAACCCAUUUCUCGCCUAUUGUAACCAAACAGCUGGCCAUUCUCUAGUUCCAUAAUCAUUUUUCUUUGGUACUAGGUAACUCUUUUAUUUGAAGAUCAAUUUUGCUACUAUAAAGAAUUUGAAUUUAUAUCCA